UGUUAAUGUGAGAUGAUUCAGUCUGAUGAACCGAAUCUGAUUUUAUGAUCUGAUUGCUUCAUGGACAAUCACACAAGAUCUAAGUAGCUUUUUAAGUAGUUGAGCCUGUGCAUCAACACAUGGAGCAAAGCACUGAAGGAAAAAACAAGAAGCACACAUCCAACAUGUGUUUUGGACAGUACCAUUACAGUGCUGAGGAGUACCAGGCUGUUCAGAAUGCUCUUCGACAGAGACUGGGACCAGAGUACAUAAGCACGAGACAAGCAGGAGGAGGGCAGAAGGUAUGCUACAUCGAGGGUCACAAAGUCAUCAGUUUGGCCAAUGAAAUGUUUGGGUACAAUGGCUGGUCUCACUCAAUUUCACAACAAAAUGUUGACUUUGUGGACCUGAUUAAUGGGAAAUUUUAUGUAGGAGUGAGCGCUUUUGUGAAGGUUCAGUUAAAGGAUGGAUCAUUUCAUGAGGACGUGGGUUAUGGAGUGAGUGAGGGUCUGAAGUCCAAAGCACUGUCGCUAGAAAAAGCAAGAAAAGAAGCUGUAACAGACGGACUGAAAAGAGCACUCAAGUGUUUUGGAAACGCUCUUGGAAACUGCAUCCUCAAUAAGGAGUACCUGAUGGCAAUCAACAAGAUUCCUAAACAGCCCCGUUCACCUUUAGAUCCUCAGAAGACGAAGCGCAGAGAUAAUGAGCCCUGUGUUGAGCAGGCCCGCUUUAACAGUCUUACUCGAAAAGACAGCAAGACUUUCAUCAAUCCUGCUGCAUCAGCACCACCGAAUUCUCCGCCAGUACAAAACUGUGUCCAGGCUGGACCUGCAGGGCAGCAGAACACAACAGAUUCCAGGAACUCACUGCCGAACAUGACUGCACCCUCCAGCAACACUUCAACUACACAGGACUGUCAUAACAGCUCCACUAACACCUCCAGGUCAGCACCGGACGUAACGGAUCUGUCCUCUUGCGACCCUGCGCUCGACUCCAAGCAGCAGAGGAAGCUGAGACAGCAGCAGCUGCAGCAAAAGUUCAGGCAGGAGAUGGAGGCCAAGAAGAUGCAAACGGAGCCACAGCUGAGGCCUGAACCCACGGCGGCUCAUCUUAAACCAGUUCAUGCAUCAGGUCCCGUCACCCACAGCACGCCUAACGGACACAAAGCGCCGAUCAAGAAGGAGGAAUGUCUGGCUGAUGACCCAGCCUUGUGGGACUUUACACUGGACGGCAUUGAUAUGCUCGGUGAUCCGCCCACAGAAUCGUCAGGGCCGCCUCGACCUGCCACUCCGAACGAUCACGGGAUGAUGACCCGCAGUAAAACUCCACAGAGACCCGCCUCGUCCCUGAGGCCGCCGCUGAGGCCACAAGAUCAUCAGGCCCAUCACGGGCGGGGUUCCGCACAGUACAGACCUGGCAUGAUGGAGAAUUCUGCAUUUCAGAACACUGCACACACAACAGGUCCAAAAAGCCCAUACCGACAUGGACAGUACAUGAAGAAACGGAAACUGGACCCUUGACGUUAUAAUUUAGCUUUUGUUUUAGUUGAACUUUAUUUUAUUGUUUGUUUAAUACUGCAGGUUUGUAUUGGUGCAAAUGUGUUAUUUUUUUAUGUAAAAAAGCUCAUUAAAAAAUUAGGCUCAAAUAUUAA